AUGGCCUUCCGAUACCCAGCGCCAGCUAACGCUGUUGGGCUCUUAUACCUCCCGGGGUCUGAAGAGAAGAAGCUCCUGAAGGCCGCUCUGGCCGAGAUGGAGAAGAGUACCGCCGAGAUCCCCAGCAUCAUUAACGGCGAACGAGUCUAUACUGGCCGCAAGAGCGCUCAAGUCAAUCCUUGGAACCGAAAUGGAGCUCCGCUGGCAGAGUAUCACGAAGUCGAUAAGGAAACUGUCGAGAAGAGAGCCAUCCCUGGUGCUCUCGAAGCGAGGAAGAAAUGGGCCAACAUGCCAUUCAGCCAGCGGGCAGCGGUUUACAAGCGAGCAGCAAAGCUCGUAGAGACAAAGUACAGGUGGAAGCUGAUGGCGGCAACAAUGAUCGGACAAGGUAAGACGUUCGGACAAGCCGAAGGCGACUGCAUCACCGAAGUCAUCGACACGCUCAACUUCCACGUCUACUUCUGUCACCAGCUGUACCAGCAACAACCACCUAAACAAUCCGACUCAGCAUACAACACUCUCGAUUACCGACCCUUGGAAGGUUUCCUACUCGCUAUUUCGCCUUUUAAUUUUACGGCUUUGGGGGCACAUAUCGCAUUCACACCGGCCAUUCUAGGAAACGUGGUGCUGUGGAAACCGUCACCCAUGGCCGUCCUGUCUAACUACAUCCUGUAUCAAGUCAUGGAAGAAGCUGGUGUGCCGAAAGGCGUCAUCCAAUUCCUGCCCGUAGCGGAUCCGACCCUCGUUGUCGAGCCCGCCCUUGCCAGCCCUCAUUUCUCCGGUCUGCACUACACCGGUUCUUCAGCUGUGCUGAGAAGUCUGUGGGCUCAGAUUGGCGCGAACUCAGAUAUUUACAAGACUUUCCCACGUGUGGUAGGUGAGAGUGGCGGCAAGAACUUCCACCUCGUCCACAACUCCUGCGAGGACGACGUCGAUUGGAUUGCGUCGGCCGCAGUACGUUCAGCUUAUGAGUUCCAAGGACAAAAGUGCAGUGCCUUGUCUCGCUUCUUCGUGCCAAAGUCCAUGUGGGAGCAGGGCGAUCUGAAGAAGGCACUGCUGAGAGAGGCGGCCAAGAUGACGUAUGGAGACGAUGUCAAGCAGAUCUACCAUCGACUCGGCCCGCUUGUGUCGCAGGCGUCGUAUGAGCGGUUCGGCGACUUUGUUGCUCGUGCCCAAAGGGAAGGCCACAAGCUUAUCUUUGGCGGGAAGCAAGACGGCCGAAAGGGAUUCUUCGUCGAGCCUGUCAUCUUCGAGGUCAACCAAACCGAAAAGAGCUCAGAGAGCGAACUUAUGACAAAGGAACUUUUCGGACCCCUUUUUGCCGUGCAGACGUAUGACGAUGCUUCGCCUACCGGUUUCGAAGACAUCUGCGACCUGAUUGACACCACGACCGAUUAUGGUUUGGCAGGCUCUGUCUUUUCGCGCGACAGGGAAGCUGUGCAGAUCGCCAACAAGAGGCUGAGAGAUUCAGUGGGCAUGUUUUGCAUCAACGACAAGUGCACGGGAGCAGUCAUUGGUGCGCAGCCGUUUGGUGGAGCGAGGUCCAGUGGCACAAACGACAAGGCAAACUCGGUCAAUGUGCUCCUCAGGUUUUCUAGCAUUCGAUGUGUCAAGGAUUCGUUCGAGAGCGGAAGCAGCACGCUAAGCGCUUGCCAUCUUCGCGAAGAAGCGUGA